CAAGCUUAAUGCAUCAUCAUCACCCACCCUUACAGAAAGACAGUCGAAUGGUCAUUGGAUAUACAGCGGAUUUCUAGUCCAAACGGCAGUCAGUGUUUCAUCAGUAGUAAGAUACCUGAACCUGUUUCUUAACCAACAGCCUCCUGAAUAUAAGACAAGGAACAGAAAAAGUCAUGGAUUCCACAGUUUCAAAGGCUAUUCAAACACUAAGUUCUGCUGAGGACAUGAGGAACCAAACCAAACUUAUAAUGCAGCCAUAUGCCAACUGGGAAGAGUAUUUGACUCCAGCACCGCUAUCCAUAGCAAUCCUGGGAGAACUGGUAUUCAUCUCUUCUGCAACAGAUUUCUCUAUCAAUAAAAAUCCCCCCGCAGGUGGUUACAAACACAUCAGAUACCCAGAAUCCUUUCGAGCUUGCCUUAUGCAAGUGUGUAACUCUGGAUGGUGGGCAUUCAAUGAAGCUCAUACAAGCAUGGACCAAAUUCGUCUCCAUACUGCCCAAGUUCCAGAUUACAUGAAGACAGCUGUGAAGAUUCUAUUUCAAGGUAAUGAUGAGGUCGUUCAAGCACAUCUUCCUGAUCAACUGAACAAUAUCCGACACAUUGCAGAUGAAUGUCUCACAUUGUCUACCAAUACUAAAGAGCGUUUCAUGCAUGUCAUCGAAAUUAUCCAAGAGCUACUAGAAGCAUGUGUAAACGCAGAGCACUUUUAUGGGGAGGAGAUGGAAGCAAUCAAGAAAAAAAUAGAGGAGAGCAAACUGAGAAAGCAGUCAGCAGAAGAAGCCGAGGAAAGGACGAAGAAGGCAGUAAACGCCUUGGAGAAAGAACUGGAGAGCGCUCAAGAGAAUUACCAUAAAGCUAUAGCUUCUCUUCCUACUGGAUGGAAUAUGAUGGCUAUGGAUAUGGUUGGUGGGUUAACACAUAGUUUAUCAGGCCUUCUUAUUGGAGUGACAUCUAUUAUAUCUCACCCAGUGAGAAGUGCAUGUGGUGCAGUAACAAAGAUUGCUGAUACUGCAAGCAACCUUAGAAGUGAGGAACCUGUAGGAGAUGUGGUUGAUGAAAUAACCUCAUAUAGUAAGUCUGCUGAAAUUUUAAUAUGUGCAGAGAGUAUCAAAGAACUCAUGAAUGUGAAUAAUAAGGAUGAUGAUAUUGACUGGACAAAACUGUAUGAUCAGAAGGAGAAAACUACAAAGUCUGAUUUCUUUGCAUAUCAGAUUGAAAGAAUCAACGGUGAUUUGGGGAAAAUGAAUGACUGCAAAGCAAAGUCAGAAGCCCAGAUGUUAUGCCUGAAGGGCCUUAACAUAUGCAAUCAACUAGCAAAAUAUGCACCAAAAGGCAAAUGUUACAAAGACGUAAACAUGAAGAUAGUAGAGGAGGUCUUGGAAUUAAUUAACUCAGCCCGUGUUUUUGACACCAAAAGCAAAGACACCACAAAAUCUCUAGCCAUCUCUCCAAAACCUCCAAUUAUGUUUAAAACUGAAAACGGACCAGAGAGCGCAAGUUCUUCACAGAGAGCAACAGAGAAUGCAAGAUUCACCAUAGAGCAGAGCCGAGCUCAGCUGGACAAGACAAGGGAGACCUAUGAUAAGUGUUUGGAGAACCUAGAAAAGAACCAAAAGGAGCUAACUGAUAUUCUGGUCACUAUGAGAAAUUGUGAACUGAAGGAGAUUGACUUCAAAACCACCACAGAGAUGCUGGUCAAAGGUAUGGAUGCCAUGGGGAGAGUGAAGGAACAAUGGGAGAAGAUGGUUCACUUUUUUCAGAUGGUUUCAAACAUUGUCAAAACUAGCCUAAGCAAAACUUUAACAAACUUUGUCACAACAUCUGAGAAAACCCAAGCCCUCUCCUACAAUGCAAAGCUCUUUUCAAAAGAUUUGCUCUACACUCAAGCCUCCCAAGCCUGUAACAUUGCAAGUCUUGUCAAUAUGAUCUCUGGAACAUACACAGAUGUGUCUAACAAGUACCUGAUGGACCGUGUGAGUUCACUGGGCAAGUUAAUGGCCAUGGAUAAGAGUAAGCCAGAAUUUGAGCAUGAACGACAGAUGUUGCAGGAGUCCUGUGAUUCAGCACAAAAAUGCAUCAUAAGUCUUGUUUUGCAGAAUAAAGAGGAAUUUGAAAGGAAAAGCAUUGCAAGACAACAACAGAUUGAUCAAGAGUUGCUGGCCAUUCUUCCCGCUGCUACUCCAGAGGAAACCAAGAGAAUUCAAGAAGCUGUUCAUGCUGGAUUCACUGAGAAAGAAGAAGCAUCAUACUACUAAUGGCAUAUGCUGAAGUAAUCUAUGAGUAUAAAUAAUCGCUCGGUGCAUCAGACAAUAUAUUGUAGUUCAAACUUAGGCUUGCUUACCAGCAACAUACUGUAUUAAUCUGGGCUGGUAAUAUUAUCAAGCUUUUAAGUAAAUGUCUGUCUGAGGAUAUAAACAAUGUGGGACACAGUAGUUUUCUCAAACACCUCAAGUAACACAUGUCACUGAAUAGCAAAACAAUAUGUCAUAAUGUCUUGUAUAUUUUGAAUAUAUAGUGACACAUAUCACAUAUAACAUUAUGAAAUGUUUAAAAUAAUAUACCAUAUGCACGCUUGCUUAUUUCUGACUCUUGUCACUUAAUGGAAAAAAACACGAUGUGACAAAUCACAUACAGUACAUGAACCGUAUAAAAUAUCUUACCGCAUGCUUGUCAAUUUCUGACUCCAUUGUCACCUAAUGGAAAGGAUACUUCAUGUGACAUACAUAUCACAUACAGUAUAACCACAUGAAUUGUUUAAAAUAUAUACAUAUGCAUGCUUACUUAUUUGUGACUUUAAUGUCACGUAAUGGAAAGGAUACUUGAUGGAUACUUGAAACCAUGGUAAAGCUGGAGUUUUGCAGGUUUUAUGUUUGGUUGUUCACUAAUUUCUGUGAAACCUGUUAAAAACAAUAAAUGCAGAAUGCUGUAACUGA